UUAUGCAUGGAGCGUUAUUCACUCUCAGAGAUAUCAAGCCGCAACAAACACAAAGGGAACAAGAAAAACAAAUAGAACGAAAUGAAGUUGUUGCUGCUUGUGGUUUGCAGUAUGAUUUCCACAUCACUAGCUGGUGUGAUUGAUAAAGAGGCUAAACUGGAAACUGUGCUCAAUGAAAUUGAUGAGGUAUUGCAAGACCUGAAAGCUGAUGAAGAUAAGCCUCAUCCUGAACUAUUCGAAGACAUUCAAAACUUUCAGUCGAUGAUCAAUGAUCGGAGUUCUGCCGCCAUGGAGGAAAUGUUGCUUCACACUGAGAAUAUUGACGAGGCAACUGCUGAAGUGGAAGCUGCUGGGGGCCACAUUCUACUCCAGCUUGGUCACAACCUUUUAGUUGUAAAAGUUCCCUCUCAUGUAACCAAGCAGAAUAGCUUCAGUCAAGCUUCAGCCCAUAUUCCGAGCUCAGUAUCAGUAGAAACUUUGAGCCAUGCUAUAGUGCCUACUGGAUGGCACGAGAAGAUGAGCUAA